CGCAAUAAGUUUAAGUGGCAUGCAUUAAACCAUCCCAAAGUCAGCGGCAAACCUACUGGAUCCAUGUGCUACUUGCCCCGGAUCACAUGCCUGAUGUCUGCUCUCUCCCUCCCGUUUCAAGUCUCAUCUGGGAAGAGACGAGCAAAACUAGCCAGGCAAAGGGAGGAUGAGCUCCAGCCAGAGGACGCUCCGGGACGUGAUGAUGCAGGAGGAGAGGCCGACCACCAUGGCCAGCCGCCUCCUCGCUCCGGACGCCUCCCUCUCCAACCCCUCCUUCCGCACCUACUACGGCGUCGCCUCCGCCGGCUCGGUGCCGUUCCUCUGGGAGUCGGCGCCGGGGACGCCCAAGAACGACGGCGCCUCGUCCAGGGCGCUCCCGCCCAUCACGCCGCCGCCUUCCUACUACAGCAAGACGAAGAUCACCAAGUCGGAGUCCUCCAAGAAGCUGCUCUCGUCCUCCAAGCCGGCCAGCUUCGUCCCGACGAUGUUCCGCAGGAGCCACACGAUGCCGGCUCCCUCACCGUCCAAGGAGUACAGCCGGAGGAAGAGGCUGGUGGCGAGCCCGCCGCGGUCGUCCUUCUCGUCCACGUCAAGGGGAGAGGACGAAGAAGCGGACGGCGGGGCGGCGUCACCGACGUCUACCCUGUGCUUCCGCGCCCGGCGCUCCGGCGGAGGAACCGGCAGGCUGCAUGGGAUGAUUGCCUCCGUGGUGGGAAGGUAAGGUUCAGCUGAAUCUUAGCCACGGUGGUUUCCAUUUUUCGACCGUCUGUCGCCUCGUUGGGUAGUUUUACAGUACUGUGGCUUCAUCUUUGUUUACUACGCGGGAAGCAGACGACAGGAGGUUAAUUUGUAACUUUACGCGGUUACAAGCUUAUGACAUGCAUGGAUAUUUUAAGUUUUGGACACGGUAGAACAAUGAUGUGUGAUCAGUUUGUGUCAUUUCGUGUAUAUAAUUUGCGUCCUUAUGUUAAUAUC